UAAUCUCAGAAUAUUUUAAGAGUCCUGGGCUGCUCAAAAGACAAGACACUUGGCUUCACUACGGUGAUUUGGCCCAAAGGAAAGCAGAGCAAUAUGUUUGGCACUAGCUUGACUGCAGGAUUUGCUGGAAGGAAGCGUACAAGGCGCCAUCCAACUAUCUUAGGGUUGACACCCCCCCCCCCGGCCGAUUGUAAUCUUGUGAAGAGGGACAGUUUUGUUUCAAUCAGUUGUAUGCAAACCUUUCCAGGAACCUUUUUGACUGAAGAGGGGGUUGCAAAUAUCUCCAAAGAUAUUAAUUUUUAAAUACAGUAAAGCAUUAUAUUGUAGAGAAUAGGAUAGAACCACAGAAUUGAAGAGUUGGAAGGAACCCCAUGGGUCAUCUAGGCCAACCUCCUGCAAUGCAGGAACAGAGUCUUGACAUUUGCUUGGUUGCAGUGUCUCUGUGCGAUGCCCAUACCAGUUUAUCCAGAUGUGGCUGUGGGCCCCAGGAAGGUUGGCGUCUCCAGAGUGGACUGCUUCUGGUUACCCUCCUGUGAAUCUUUCUCUCUUGAGUCCUAGCAGAGGAGCCUACUGCCAGGUGAACCAUGAUUCCGGUCACAGAAUUGCGCUACUUUGCCGAUACCCAGCCGGCGUACCGCAUCCUAAAGCCGUGGUGGGACGUUUUUACAGACUAUAUCUCCAUUGUGAUGCUGAUGAUUGCGGUAUUUGGUGGGACGCUGCAAGUCACCCAGGACAAAAUGAUUUGCUUGCCUUGCAAAUGGGUCACCAAAGACGCUUGCAACGAUUCCUCCAGGGACUGGCCAACUGCAAGCCUGGACACGAGUUAUUUUAACUCCUCUUUAGUGGCAGCCAUGGAGCCAGGGCCAACAGGGAUCAAAUACGAACUCGACAGGCACCAGUACAAUUACGUGGAUGCUGUGUGCUAUGAAAACUGCCUUCAUUGGUUUGCCAAGUAUUUUCCCUACUUGGUGCUAAUGCAUACACUGAUCUUCUUGGCCUGCAGUAACUUCUGGUUCAAGUUCCCACGGACCAGCUCUAAGUUGGAGCAUUUUGUCUCCAUCCUACUCAAGUGUUUCGACUCCCCAUGGACUACAAGGGCCCUCUCUGAGACAGUGGUGGAGGAGAGUGACCCAAAGCCCACCUUUGGGAAGAUGAAUGGCUCCAUGGACAAGAAGUCCUCCACAGUUAGUGAGGAUGUGGAGGCCACGGCCCCGAUGCUACAGCGGACAAAAUCUCGGAUCGAGCAAGGAAUUGUGGACCGGACGGAGAACGGCGUCCUGGACAAGAAGGAAGGCGAGCAAGCCAAGGCACUCUUUGAGAAGGUCAAGAAGUUCCGGACACAUGUGGAGGAAGGAGACAUUGUCUACCGCCUCUACAUGAGGCAAACCAUCAUCAAGGUGAUCAAGUUCAUCCUCAUAAUUUGCUACACCGUCUAUUACGUCAGCAACAUCGCCUUUGAUGUGGACUGUAAGGUGGACAUUGAGAGCCUGACAGGCUACCGCAUGUACCGUUGUGCUCAUCCUCUUGCCACCCUCUUCAAAAUCCUGGCGUCUUUCUACAUCAGCUUAGUGAUCUUCUAUGGCUUGAUCUGCAUGUACACCCUCUGGUGGAUGCUCCGGCGGUCCCUCAAGAAGUACUCCUUUGAGUCCAUCCGGGAGGAGAGCAGCUACAGCGACAUCCCUGAUGUAAAAAAUGACUUUGCCUUCAUGCUACACCUCAUCGACCAGUAUGACCCCCUCUACUCCAAACGAUUUGCUGUCUUCCUCUCCGAAGUGAGUGAGAACAAACUCCGGCAACUGAACCUCAACAAUGAAUGGACGUUGGAGAAGCUGCGCCAGAGGAUCACCAAAAACUCCCAGGAGAAGCUAGAGUUGCACCUCUUCAUGCUCAGUGGCAUCCCAGACACUGUCUUUGACCUCCUUGAACUGGAGGUUCUGAAGCUAGAACUCAUCCCUGAUGUCACCAUCCCACCAAGCAUUGCUCAGCUCACCAGUCUCAAGGAACUGUGGCUGUACCAUACAGCGGCCAAGAUAGAGGCCCCAGCCCUCGCCUUCUUGAGGGAGAACUUGAAAUCUUUGCACAUCAAGUUCACGGACAUCAAGGAGAUCCCUCUUUGGAUUUACAGCUUGAAGACUCUUGAAGAACUCCACCUGACCGGGAACUUAAGUGCUGAGAACAACCGGUACAUUGUAAUUGAUGGCUUGAGGGAGUUGAAGAGGCUCAAGGUCCUGAGGCUGAAGAGCAAUCUGACAAAGCUUCCCCAGGUGGUGACAGACGUUGGGGUGCACCUCCAGAAGCUCUCCAUCAACAACGAGGGCACCAAGCUCAUUGUCCUCAAUAGCCUCAAGAAGAUGGUUAACCUAACAGAGCUGGAGCUGAUCCGCUGCGACUUGGAGCGCAUCCCCCACUCCAUCUUUAGCCUCCAGAACCUCCAGGAGAUCGACCUCAAGGACAACAACCUCAAAACCGUUGAGGAAAUCAUUAGCUUCCAGCACUUGCACCGCCUCACUUGCCUUAAGCUGUGGUACAACCACAUUGCCUACAUCCCCAUGCAGAUCGGCAACCUCACCAACCUGGAGCGCCUUUACCUGAACCGCAACAAGAUUGAGAAGAUCCCCACCCAGCUCUUCUACUGCCGGAAGCUUCGGUAUUUGGAUCUCAGCCACAACCUCUUGACUUCGAUACCAGCAGACAUCAGGCUGUUGCAGAAUCUGCAGAACCUGGCUGUCACAGCCAACAGGAUUGAGAACCUCCCAGCAGAGCUCUUCCAGUGCAGGAAGCUUCGGACUUUGAACCUGGGCAACAACGUCCUGCAGUCGCUGCCUUCCCGAGUGGGUGAGCUGACGAAGCUGUCUCAGAUUGAACUGCGGGGGAACCGCCUGGAGUGCCUGCCGGUGGAGCUGGGCGAUUGCCCCUUGCUGAAGCGCAGCGGGCUGGUGGUGGAGGAGGACCUCCUUAACACUUUGCCACUGGAAGUCAAGGAACGGCUAUGGAGGGCUGACAAGGAGCAAGCCUGAGAGUCUCCACAGAAGAGGAGGUGGGGAGAGGGGGAAGGAAACCCAACACCUCAGGCCAAAACAGCCAGGGGGCGCUGUUAUGGGGAACCCCUCAGGCAACCUUGUCCCCAUGUUCUGUUACCCAAGAAAACCCGAGCCAAAACAGACUAGCCAAGGACACCCUGCCCAAGGACCGCCUUGAGGAGGUGGGAGAGGAGGUUGCUUUUUUCCUUCGGAAUUGCAGAAGUGGUGGUGGUCCAAGGUGAGGACUGUGGCUACAAACCAGAGUUUGUGGCUUGUACGGCAGAAGAAGUUGAAUGCAGCCGCUGCGACCGACCAGGAAACGGAACUCUAGAACUCUUGCACUGUUGUUGCGGGAGCUGGCUGGCGUCCAAGCUGGUGGGGUGGGGUGGAGGAGUGAAUGAGUGGGACCCAUUGAUCCUGUCCAAACCGCCUGCUGCUAUGGUAUCUCUGUGAGGGCCGUCCAGGAACCGGGUGUUUUACCGUUGUACAAUCAAGCAUAGGAACUGUGUUUGGCCUUUGGCCACACGUCGUGACACUAGCUUUUUCUUGCACACACUGAUUUAUUAACUGUUGACUCAUCAGUCUGGAUUAUUUCAGAGGAGCUGAUUGGAAAGGACUUCUUAAUUUCUCUGAUUCAUGCUGACGUUGUUGGUCAUUUCUGUCUUCAGUCAUUUUACCUCUUGAUCACUACAUGCAAAAUUUUACUUUCCUUUAAAAACAUUAAAAAUUCCCCUGCUGCCGCCAUGUGGUAGUUGGAUAGUAGGAUAUUCCCACAUCUGAAUCUUUUCCUGCGUUACAUCUGCCUCUGGGUGGGGUUGUGUUUCAAGAGUGGCAAGUAUGGAUUAAGUGGUUUAUGCACUAUUGGAAUCUCGUGCCCCAAAGAUAAGGAGACUAGUCUGCAAAAUUAUUUUCAGUUGGCAAAACCACAGUACUGCUGUUUUUGACUACGUAGGGAUAGCAGGGCAGGCAUACAUUUGAAUGUUCCUUUUCGCUCAAAACACUGGAAUUCAAAACACGUCAAUUCAAAGCAUCCCUUUUUGAUCACAAAGCAUGGAUAGUGGGCAUUGAAACACUAAAAAGCAGGAGUGGGGAACCUGUGCUUCCCCCCCCAACAACAACUUUACUGAGCUCCCAUCACUUCCCCUUCCCGUCAGAAUGACCAGUAAUCAGGGAUGAUGUGAGUUGUAGUCAAUGAACAUCUGGAACGUCACGGGUUCUCCAUCCUUGAUUAAAAGGAACAAGCCAGCUAUCCUCUAUACUCUUCAGCCUCCCCCUUGCCUAGUGCCUUCCAGAUGUUUUGAGCUACAGCUCCUAUCUGCCACAGCUAGCAUGAGCUAAUGGAAUUGGAGUUCAAACAUCUGGAAGCCCCCAGGUUGGGGAAGGCUGGUGUAGGUCCUUGUUCUCCCCUCCCUCCCUUAGGUGCUGCCAACAUCUUCCAUUGAGAUAUAAAAAAACAACUUCCAUGAGAUAUAAAAAACCAAUUUCUUCUCCCCUCUCUCCUUACUAUUUUUAUAGCAGCUGGUCUGUGUUUUAUUUUUUUAUAUUAUUUUGCUAGCUCCCAUGGAGAUAGCAUUGAUACUUGCCUCUUUUAUCCGAGUUGUCAUUCCAUGGGGCAAGAGGCCUGGUUCCCAUUCUCUGCAAACAUAGCGGAGUCUUCCCCCCACCCCCGUUUUUCUACUUCCCUCUUCAGUGUUAAAGGAAGAGCAUAAAAUGCCUCGCAGGUUGGACUCUUCCCUUCCACCCUCAUUUUUAUGAGGAACACGUAUCGAAGAAAAGUAAAAUUUGCACUACUGUUUAAUGCAGGCUUUGCCAAGAUUACAACCUUCAGGUGUUGGUUGUAGUUCAACAACAUCUGGAGCUCACCAGGUUGGCCAAGGCUUUCACAGAAUCAUACGGUUGUAGGGUUGGAAGGGACCCCAAGGGUCCUCUAGUCCAAGCCCCUGCAAUGCAGGAGUCACAGGUAAAGAAUCUCUAACAGCUAGCCAUCCAACCUCUGUUCGAACAUCUCCAACGAUAUUUAAUUUUAAUUCUUGGGGUCUAAUACAAGCAUCUAAGCUGGUUUAAUAUACCUAUCUGUUGGAAAGGUAAACUAUUUAACAGCUAGUGAUCUAUUGCAAAACAGGUACUGCAAAUCUUAACGUACCGUCAUUUAUUUCAGACAGUUGGUUUUGCUUUUUACUGAGAUGCCAGGAUGGUGUUGGUUUCAGACAACUGUUCGUGUGUAUGCACGUUCGAAAAUCUCCCCUCCUUGGAUGUUUGUGGCAGUGAAGAGAAAGAAUAAAAUAUACUGCUAGCUUCCUGUCUGCGUCUGAAGUCACAGGAAAAAGACCUGCACGCAAUUUAGCAAUGCUGAGGACACACACAGAAAAAUCAAAAUAAAAUAACCAAACCCCACCAAUGUUAACCAGGCUCCGAUAUUGUCAAUGUCUAAAUAAAGCUACAUGUAAACCUUA